AUUAACUCAUACUUUCAGAACACGGAAGAACAAAGGGGACGUCCACAAAGUAAUUGGCAUAGAACGGCCGAUAACCGUAAUCUGCAUCAGUCAAGUACCAAUCAAAUACUGUGUGCUCACUCACUUGAUGGACAAAGCGGGGCUGUAAAGAUGACCAAAAUUUGGUUGCUUCUUCUCAUUUCUCAUCCUGUCGCGGGAAAGCUCUUUGUCGAGGAGAAUGCAGAAUUGAAGGAAAGCAACUCUGAUGGAGCCUACCUCACUAAUCUGCGCAAAAAUCUGGGCUGGAUUUGCGGUAUAACAGGAAUGUGCUCUUUGUCUGGACCAACCAACCAUCAGCUUCCGCCAUCGGAACUCGCUGCUCCAUUUUGGCCCUAUAUUCUUUCAACGCCACCGCCAGCUAUCUUCGGUCCCGCUUGGCCCCCUUUUCCGCUCCCAACGCCACCGCCAGCUAUCUUCGGUCCCGCUUGGCCCUUUUUUCGCUUCCGCCAACGCCACCGUCAGCGGUCGCUGUUAAAUCAAUUUGGCCCUAUGUUCCUUGAAACUAGCAAUUGAAAGCUGGUUCUAGCUUUAACGAUC